AUGGUUUUGAGAUCGAAAACCCCGGUAGCACUCCCGCUGAUACAGAAAUCUGGCCAGCCUCGACCACAGUUCCCGAACCAAGGAUAUCUACCCAACGGAACGGCCUCGGGUCCGACUCCUGGAGCGCAAGCUCUUCUUCCGAACAAUGGCCGCGUUAUCCAGUCAGGUCCCAUCCGAGUCUUGUGCAUCGCAGACGUUAGAGGCAAUCUCAAGUCUCUGAACGAUCUCGCAAGACAAGCGAAGGCCGACUACAUUUUGCAUACUGGUGACUUCGGUUUUUACGACAACACUUCGUUGGAGAGAAUAGCUGAGAAGACUCUAAAACAUGUCGCUCAGUACUCUCCACUAUUGAGCGAACAUGUCAAGCGCCAGAUCGCCUCACCCCAGCCUCAGCGACCCAUCAAGCAGAUGUUUGCACCUGAUCAAUUACCGCUUUCAGAAUUGCCGCUUCUCCUCAACAAGCAGAUUACUCUAGAUGUGCCCGUCUACACCGUGUGGGGCGCUUGUGAAGACGUGAGGGUGCUGGAGCGUUUCCGGUCUGGAGAGUACAAGGUGGACAAUUUACACAUUAUCGACGAAGUGAACUCGAGGUUACUUGACAUUGGCGGAGUGAAGCUGCGCCUCCUCGGAUUGGGUGGCGCCGUCGUCAUCCACAAGCUGUUCGACAAUGGCGAGGGCAAGACGUACAUUGCGGGCGGCCAGGGCACAAUGUGGACGACGCUGCUGCAGAUCGGUGCCCUGAUCGACACAGCAAACCGCGUCUACGAUCCGUCAGAGACCCGUAUCUUCCUGACUCACGCGUCACCAGCGAGAGACGGGAUCCUCAAUCAGCUGUCCGUCACCCUGAAGGCCGAUUUCUCGAUCUCAGCCGGUCUCCACUUCCGAUAUGGCAGCUCUUACAACGAAUUCUCCGUCAACCCGUCGCUCGACCACUACCGCGGAAAAUUAGCUGCCUCCAAGGCAUCCUUCCAGGAUGUCUGGGAAACGGUCAAGAUGGACGUGGAGCAGGCAAUCGAAAGCAAUACCAAUCACAAGGCUCUCCUUCACAGUGCGCUCGAAAUUGUCGAGAAGAUGCCCAGCACUGCCAACGGAGGCAACCCUUUCGGAGGCCCGGUCGGCGGCGGCCCAGGGGCAGGCCAGGUGGACGAAAGCGCGUUCAAGAACAUGUGGAACUUCAAUCUGGCAGACGCGGCGUUCGGAUACCUUGUCCUGGAGAUCGACGGCGGUCGUAUCGGCACUGAGAUGCGGGCCCAAGGCUUCAACUUUGCUCACCGUGGGAAACCAAAUGCAGCUCCACUCGGUUCUCAACCACCCUCAAGCGGUCCGGCACCUGUGAACACCGGUUCUUUGCCUCCGACCACGGCUCCUACGGGUCCAUCUCAGACCCGCACUCCUGCCUUCUCUGCGCCGGCACAGCCAUUCCCACAACAGCAGAAGCCUCCGCAGCAACAGCAAUCCCAGCCACAAGCCAAACCUGGUCAAGGUAUUCAGCCUGCACCCAUGCCUGCCUUUAAAGCUGGAACACCCCCCACAACAGGAUCACCAGCACCGCCCGUGACUCAGGGUAAACCACUGACGCCUCAACCGUCGUCGACGGCGGUCCCCACCACUUCCGCCCUCACAGCAACUAACGGCGCCGGCGGAGACAAGGUUAGCGACAAUGAAGCCGCCAAAGCAAAGGCUCCAACACCUACCUCGGACCGGAAACCCUCUACUGCUCUUUAUGUGAGCCAGGCAGACAGCGAGCAGCAUGUCAAAGACUGUUUUGCGGACGAGGACAAGGAGAGAAUCAAGGCCAUUAGUAGAAUGGGCAAAUUUCCCAACUGGAAGGUGCAAUUUGAGACACACGAAAUCGCCGAAGCCGCUUUGAACCGAGUGCAGGCUGCGGCUCACAAUCACAAGAACUCAGCAGGCAAGUCUCCGAGAUUCACGUGGUUCGAGGAUAAGGGCGACCGCGCCCCCGGCUUCCAUCAGCGUGACAGCCAGAGCCAAGGCGGAGCAGGGACGUGGCAGAGCAGCAACCGUGGUGCAGCAAGCUCCGCCAAUGCCCCUCCUCGCGGAGGCUAUCAGUCCGGUGCGGCGAGCGACAGUGAAGGUGGACGAGGCCGAGGGGGAUUCCGCGCACGGGGACGUGGUCGUGGAGACGAUCGUGGCGAUCGAGGUGAUAGAGGCGACCGAAGUGAUCGGGGUGAUCGGAGUGAACGAGGUGGCCGGGGUGGUAGAGGUGGUGGCCGAGGCCUCUUCCAGAACAAGACUACCGAUGGAGCAGCAUCCGAUUCGAAGCCCACAGAGUCCAAGUCGAGCGAAUCGAAACCAACAGCCGCGGCUGGCGAAAGUUAG